AUGACGGCGGUCGAGUCCGUCGUCGCCGCGCCCGCGCCGCCGAUGGCGCAGGCCGUCGUCGGCAGGCCGGAGGUGUGCAGGGAUUUCUUGAAGGGCGCGUGCUUCCGCGAUAACUGCCGCUACGCGCACAGCUCCGUGGACGGGUCUCAGCCCGCGGUGCAGUCCAACCAGCCGAUCUGCAGAGAUUUCCAGAACGGCCGAUGCUUCCGCGCGAGCUGCCGGUUCUACCACGGCUCCACGACCGAUCUCGCGGCGAACCAAGCCGCGAACGCGUUCGCCGGCGGCGCCGCCGCGCUCGCCGCGCUCGGCGCGGGCGGGUUCGGAGGGUUCAACGCGCUCCAACGCGCCGUGUCCGUCCCCGUGAACGGAGCUUCCUUCGCGAACGGUUUCGGCGACGCCGCCGCGGGGUCGCGGCACUCGUUCGACGGCUCUUCCGGUUUCAACAUCAACGCCGUGGGGUUCGAUCCCGCGACCGCGGCCGCCGCGAUGUUGCAAUCGCAGCAGCAGGCUGCCGCCGCGGCGGCGAUGCUGUUCCGAGCGUCGCAGAACGGCGCGGGCGGGGCGAACCCGCUCGCGGCGCUGCUCGCCGCGCAAGCGCAAGCGGGGCCCGGCGGUCUGAACGGCUCCCCGACCGGCGGUCUGAACCCGGAUGGGUCGCCGUCGAGGCACGGCGUCGACGCGAACAACGGAGCGAUCAACGGGAUCUCUCCGGACGCGAUGGCGACUUUACUCGCGAUGCAGCAGCAGCAACUGCAACUGCAGCGCCCCCGGCGAGGGUCGCCGCCGAGGGCGCCGUCGACGUCGCCGCCGCGGGGACCGUUGCCGCCGAGCGACCAGCCCGCGCCCGCGCCCGCGCCCGCGGGGAUGCUCUCUCGGUCGCUCAUGUUCAGCGAGCAGUACCCCGAGGAGCGAAACGGCGGGCUCGGUCGGCGCCAUAGCGUGGACGUGAACGGUCGCGUCGGACGCGCGAACCCGUACGUCUCGGAGCUCGACGCGGUGUCGUCCGCGUUUAACACCAUCGACCUCGGACUCGGGAACUCGACCUCGGUGGGGAAGUCGCCGCUCGGCCCGGGAGGCGCGAACGGCGUCGUCGGCGGGGGGUCGCCCAACGGGUUCGGCGCCGCGAAUGGAUCUUCCAGCCUUUGGGGCGGGUUCGACGGCGGCGCGUCCCCGCUCGGGGGAGCGUCGCGAAGAGCCUCCUUGGACGUGCGCGCGACGCCGGCGUCGUCGCGUCUGUCGCUCGACGGCGGUCUGUGGGAGGACAAGAGCGGGAUUCUGUCCUCCCCGAAGCGGUCGAUUGACGGUCGCUCGAACGGCGUGAACAUCGCCGCGCCGUCGUCGCUGUCGAACGGCAGCGGGAUCGUCGGGUCGCUCGGGGCGGAGUCCGCGGAAGCGAAACGCGACUCGACGUACUCGCUGUUUUGA